GGCGACCAAAUUCAGUGUGUUUUCUGCCUAGCGCAGCACAGGAGCUCGCAUGCAGACGGAACCUAGUGUGCCAGUACGAUCAUUGAUGAUGGCAGGAGUAGAAGAAAGUAACGGAAAAAACAUUGUGGAUGGUACUCCGUCUUACGCGGCUACCUGUUGGCCUGAUGUUCCGAUACCAGCGCAUCAUUCUUUCUAGCAGAACAUGCUCAGACAAGAUUUCUGAUCCUUACAAGCGCGUUGGCCAGACAGGCGGCGAGCAAGGAAGCAAGGUUCAUACAUCAAAGAAAUUUGAGGAUGAUGUCAAAUCGCAAAGACUUCACAGUGAUGGUGGUCAAGAGAUUCAUAGUACUGGUGGAACGCCUACUGGAGGAGAUAGUGGUCUUCGCAACAAGCUGAUAAUGGCCGCUUCCCUGCUCCUGUUCUCGUAUCUAGUCUAUCGCUUUUACAGCCAGUCUAAACCUCCUCACAAAGCAGUGCGUGAAGCAGAAUUCGGUGUAAGAGACGCGAAGAAAGAUGGUACUCACAACAAGAUAUGGCAUGAUAAUGACAAGGUUGAUCCUCCGAAUGAGGGCAAAGUAUCCGUAACUAACUAUGGGAUACAUCCCAUGUCAAAAAGCGACAAGGCAGACGAGGUUGCCACUAACUUACUCCACGGCAGUCCACCGGGCUCGACAAAACAGUGAUGAU